UGCACAGUGUCACCUACAGGUGUCCUGUCCACUGUGAGGCUUUCAUCAGACUGAGGAUUUGGAGUGCAUUAGUGUAGGUCUGAAUCAGCAGGCGGUGGAGGGACAGGGAUUGAGAGGAAGAAAAUAAAUGUCUGAUGAGUGAGGGAGGGAGGGAGGAGUUUGUUUCGCAAACAUACAUGUAUAAACAACCCGGAUAAGAGUGGAAGGAAAACAGGUGGAGGACACGAAAAAGGUCAAUAUUGCACAAAUAUACACUGAUACAAAGCAAGACAUGGAGUUGUGUGAGAUUUUAGAUCAGAAGCAUAGUCUAGACUGUCGUGGUAAUCCAGGACACAAGCAUUGCUGAGAACUAAAGAGGUCAUCGCAGCCUCACGCAGACAUAUGGACAAGAUGGGGGCCAGUCGUCCACUACCUAAUGCGCCCAAGGAUUCACUAGGUGCUGCAAUAGAGGCCAUCAGUGUGAGCACAGAGCUUGUUGAGGAGGAACUAAAGCCAUAUUUGGACACGGUACUCAAUGUUGCCAUAGAAAGAAAUAAAGGUAUAUCAGAGCAGGUGGUAGAAAGUGGGAUUCUGCCUGUUCUGGCUCAGAUUUUAAGAAGAAAGAGCACACUCACUACUCACGCUGCCAGACUGGUAGCCGAACUGGCCAGAGAUGCUCCUGUGAGAGAGCAAUGCUUUGAGACAGGCAUUUUAUCUGCCCUUGUGACCUUACUGCUAAGCCAAGACCAGGACCUUCUCCUUCACGUUAGCCAGGCCAUUGCCAGGAUUUGCUAUGACAGCAACCUGCAGCAGGAGCGAUUCCUGAGGCUCGGAGCUGUCCCACGACUGGUGUCAGUUCUUCUCCAGUACAGUGAUAAUGAGGCACUGCUGAGCUCUUGCCUUCUGGCCCUUUGUAACCUAGCCGACAUGGGUGAAGAAGACGGUACCAUGCUCUCCUGGGAGGAAGGGGCGUAUUUCGGCGAGGGGGAGCGGGUUUUCCGUGGCACCUCACGGUACUCUUUUGGCUUCUCUUCAGCUGUGACGGUGGUCAGGCUGAAACAGUGGACUAACGGACAGUACUCUGUGGCAGUAGAAGUGCUUCAAAGAUGCUCCACGAUGCUGUGGGGCGCAAAGAACGGCCACCAGACUGGACACCGCUUACCCAACUUCACCCACUUAGGCAGCUGCCCCAAAUUGUACAAAGUUAUCAAAUGCUCAGUGAAGAACAUACCAAGAAACAGAAAUCUGAGAUCAGCAGUGCUUCAUACCCUUUUGUGA